UGAUCUCAUUGCAGUGUUAUUCAACAAUAAUGGUGCAAAAACAUCACUCUAAGAAACUUUUAGAACAGUGCAAUACAUUUUGGGAUUUGUGAUGUUCUUGCCAUUUGGCAGAGAUGUAAGCAUGAAUUGUAAGGGCCGAUUUCUAUGGUGGUGUCCUACCUGUGCAUGCGGAGAGAUCCGCAUCACAAUCCACUUUAAUUUAUCUUAACCCAGUCCUACUCUGUAGCAGUUCUCAAAAUAGUCUUAAGGUCAGAAGUCAGAAACUCCCACUGUUGUUCCAUGGCAUUUUAAUUAAUCUCUGAGUCUGAAGCUAGUUGACUUUGAGUAGCUAUUUCUCAUUUGAGCUAAAUGCCUCUCAAGCCUUUUUCUCUCUAGUGUGUGAUGCUGUUGCUUCGUGGUUUUGUCAUUGCUGUAACCAUUAUGAAUGUGGCAUUUUUUGACUUUGUUGGAUCCUCGUUUUCACGUUUGGGCUCCCUUUUUACGUAUGGGCAGGUGCAAGAGAAUUCUACCUCAACGACGACUAUUGCAACCACGACAACAACUACUACAACAACUACCACCACUACCACCACCAGCACCACGACCACCACUACUACCACACGAGUCAGAAAAUUUAUAGCAGCUGCAGUCCACUCUCACUUUGAUGACUGUCCCGACUCCCACAGCCACUUCUGUUUUCAUGGCACAUGUCGUUUUCUCAUCCUGGAGGAAACACCUGCAUGUGUAUGCCAUCCUGGCUUUGUGGGCAUGCGGUGUGAACAUGCAGAUCUCCUAGCAGUGGUGGCAUCAAACCACCGGCAGCAGACCGUGGCCACCAUGCUGGUGUUGUGUGUGGUGGGCAGUGUCAUGCUCAUGCUGAUCUGCACUUUACUUAAUUGUUGGUGGAGACGGGGUGGUUGUGGGCGAGGUCACACCCUCUCCUGUUGGACGGAGAAGCCUAGGAGUAUUUUGACGAGUGGGACAUCCUGCUGUAACUCAGAAACAGAAAAUGUUCCUUACGCACAAGUGGUUUGACGCAGGUUUUCUGGAGCUCACUCAGGUGCCCUCUUAAAACAAAAAAAGACAGCAACAUCUUCCACCUUGCUCCUGGACUUUACAAUGACUGCGUUUCCUAAGCUACAGACUUGCAGAGCUGGUAAGCGCAGCACAUGUUCAAUAUGGGCAGUGGGAGAACUCGAGCAAACAUGGGACUUUUAUAUUCAGAGAGACUGAGUAGUUCCAAAAAGAAGAUUGUUGGAACAGUAACUGCUAAUGAUGGAACUCAAAAGCUCGGAAUGGAAAAAUCUGAACAAAAUGGAACUCGACUACAGAAGAUACUCGGCCAUUUUGGGGAAAAGAUAUGGAUCUGUGGCUUAAACGAGAGUGAAAAACUUUGAGAGAGGUUUUAACGAAAUCAUUCUUACUAACAGAGCUUAUCUUAAAGCUUUAUAGUGUAUGUAUUAGACAACAUUCUCCCAGUCUUUGUUUUUUAAAUACUCAAUAUAUCAAAACACACUUAUAAUCUGCCGUUAAUGGGAUGUGAAACUCACUUUAAAAAAAUCGUUUUUAUUAAGGAUAUAUCAUCACAUUCUUUUCUCUAUCACGUUACGGCUAAAGAAUGGGAGAUUUCUUUUCUUACCAUUUAAGUCAGUUAAGCAGUUAGUAAUACUACAGAAUAUUUUGCCAAUUUAUUUUAACUUAAUCUCUUUAUAAUGCUGAUUUAAAGACGAAAAACAAAGUGUAACAGCUAACAUGAGAGACCAGAGCUUUGAGGGACAAAUCCUACUUCUGACACGUUAUUCUUUAACACUUUUUAUCUGAAUGGAGUUUCAUUUUUUUAUGUGCGUUUUAAAAUCUAAAUAUUGGUGAACAAGUCACAAUUAUGACAUGUAACUUGACAAGUUAUGCAUAGAUUCACGAAUCCCACACAAGAUUUUCUUCACCUAAUGUGCUUUCAAAGAUUUCUCAACAUCUCUAAAUGCUUUGGAAAUGGAUCCUCUGUAUGCGCACUAUUUUUGAAGCGUCACAUGAUAUCUGCAUGUUCACACUGAAUGCAUGCGUGUUUGAGCACAUAAUUACACACAAUGCACUUUUGCGGUGUAGAUUUCCACCUCACUGUUAAUACAAACCACCUUCAAAUCUGCACUUUAGAUCCUUUUCCAUUAUAGGCGUCACUCACUCACAAUUGUAAGCAUACAGAGGCGCAGAUCCACGAUAUAAGCAAUCAUAAUGGAUGAUGUUCAGUUUGAUGCACGUUGUAUUAUGCAAGAUAUAUAGAAGCUUUUACACUGAAAUGUUUUAAACCGUGUUCAUUUUGCUUUCUUUUCUAAUCUUAUCUGUCCCUAAGCUUUUGCCAAUGACCUCAUGUUAUAAAAAGAUGUUCGACUGACCCCUUUGUAAGGUAUUUGCUCUUUUAGGGUCAGAGAUAUUUAUAUUGAUAUGUUAAAAUGAGGUGCUGGUACAUAUAUAAAGUAACCACUGUGGGUUGCAUUCAUACAAAACCCUUCUCAAGCUGGUAAGUGGCUGAUAUAGCGCUUAAAAAAAAAGAUAAAUAUUGAUAAAAAUACUAAUAAUUUGAUCAGAUUAAUGAUCUGACUGUUCUGGCAUCAGAUCAUGAAGGAAAUAUGUGAUGUUAUUGUGUGAAGAUUCAUUUAAAAAUGUGAUCUAAUGCCCUAGUGAGUUGAAGAGGAUUCAUCUAGGUGGCUUUUUUGAGUUAUCAAGUCUUUAAAUGAUUUUGAUCAGCCUGAAAAAACUGGUUCAAAUGGUUUAUGAUCUAGUUGGCUGACCCUGAUAUGUGACUUAAAGGAAACAUUCACUCAAAAACACUCAUUUGCAGUUCAUUUAUUCACUUUUUGAUCAAUCCAAAAUGUAAUGUAGGAUGUAAAAAAUGUUUUACAGUCUUUGGUGAUUCAUAGUGAAUGGCUACUAGUGCUUUGAGAGUCUAACGCAUAAAGCACAGGUCUCAAACUCAAUUCCUGGAGAGCCGCAGCUCUGCACAGUUUUGCUCAAACACAGCUGCUCCAACUAAUCGAAGAGUUCAAAAGAGUCAUGAACACCUUCAUUAGUUGGAUCAGCUGUGUUUAUGACUCUUUUGAACACCUCGAUCACUUGGAUAAGCUGUGUUUGAUAGGAGCAAAACUGUGAAGAGCUGCGGCCCUCCAGCAAUCGAGUUUGGGAUCUAUGACAUAAAGGGAAAGCCAAACGAAUUCCUUUGGCUCCUAAUGACACACUGAUGUCUUAUGAAGCGAGUCUGUCAUUUGUAGAACAGACUCCAAAUGAUUUGUGUGUUGUAUUGGUUGUGGAAAUGGUGAUUAUGAUGAUGCUGGAUGAUGCAACUUGUGAUAAUAUUAAUGAUCAGUUCAUGUUUGUACGCAUGCGAUUAAGUGGCUGUGAGUUUAAGGUAAAAGAUUUGGAAAUGUUUGUUGUUUCCGCUUCAUAAGACUUCAAUGGCAUGGGUAUUUACUUUGCUUUACCUGUAUGUUUAUUUGGACUCUUGAAAAUGUUUAACUUGGACUUCAUGAAUCAUCAAAGAUCAAGGCUUCAGCUAAAAAUGUUUAAUGUCCUACUGAGGAGAAUGAAUGACCUGAGGGUGAGUAAAUUAACAUAAUUUGAUUUCUGAGUGAAUUUUCCCUUUAAUUAUAAACUUUUGAUUUAUUAUAAAAUUGCAAAAUGUGAUUGAUUGUACAUGGAUUGAGUAUUCUUCAUGUAAAAAAAAGAAAAGAAAUUGUGCAUACUUAUGUUUGACUUCAGAUUAAACCAAUUAUUAUUUUUGUUAAAAUGAUAAAUCAAACAGUGGGUAUUUUUGACGCUUUUUCCUUGCGUAAUCUCCAGAUGUGAAAUUGCACUCAUCUGUGAUAGUCAUGAUGAUGUCAUAACGGAUGAUGUUCAUUGGCCUUUGCACCAGUAAUGAUGCUCAGUGUUGCAUCUUUUGCUUUCUUCCAACUGAAUCGCAUCUAACUCUGGUUAGCUGCUUGUUGACUGAUAUUUAUGUAUGCUAUAUUGUACACACCAUGUGUUUUUCACACAGUCUUCUUGUUUUCAUGUUGGGGGAGGCGGGGAGGGGAGACUUUGUAAAUAGCGUUUGGGAAUAUUAUUUGGCUCGUACUGUAUAUGGAGUAUGAGGUGUUUUCUUGACGGCAUGAAGGUAAGCGGUAGAUGAUUUGAGUGUGACUGUCUCAUGCUUGGCUGUUUGACGUUUUCUUGAGUGUUUUUGACCUCUUUGUCUAAGUUUGCAUAUUUUUCCAAAUAACACAAAGUGCUGCAA